GUGCAUCCUCCAGCUUCCGUCAAAUACCGAGAGAAAGUCCCCCGCUAGCGGCGGGCGCUGUCGAGCGCUGGGAGGUGCUGAAACGGGUCCUGCGCUCUGGUCGCGGCUUGAUUGGCAGAACCUGCCGGUGACUGACAGGGGUCUCCAUGGCGCCCGCGCUGCCAGUCCGCCCACCCCAGUAGCCGCGCCCGCGGCCUGGUGCGUGCGCGCGGGAGGCGGCCGAGCCCGAGCCUGGAACCCGCACCUGCUCCUGUCGGGGCCGCUCGCUCGCGCUCGGAGCCUGAAGUCCCCUCAUCGGAAGAGCCUGGCGCACCCGGCGCGGCCGGAGGCCGUCUGCUCGCCGCGCGUGGCGUCCCGGGCCCGGUGCCCCCGCCGCUGCCCACGCUGCCUCCAUGUUCCAGCUGCCCAUCCUUAAUUUCAGCCCCCAGCAGGUGGCCGGGGUGUGCGAGACGCUGGAGGAGAGCGGCGAUGUGGAGCGCCUGGGUCGCUUCCUGUGGUCGCUCCCCGUGGCCCCCGCGGCCUGCGAGGCCCUCAACAAGAACGAGUCGGUGCUGCGCGCCAGAGCCAUCGUGGCCUUUCACGGCGGCAACUACCGCGAGCUCUACCACAUCCUGGAAACCCACAAGUUCACCAAGGAGUCGCACGCCAAGCUGCAGGCACUGUGGCUCGAGGCGCACUACCAGGAGGCGGAGAAGCUGCGCGGGCGGCCCCUGGGCCCGGUGGACAAGUACCGCGUCCGGAAGAAGUUCCCGCUGCCGCGCACCAUCUGGGACGGCGAGCAGAAGACGCACUGCUUCAAGGAGCGCACGCGGCACCUGCUGCGCGAGUGGUACCUGCAGGACCCCUACCCCAACCCCAGCAAAAAGCGUGAGCUCGCCCAGGCAACCGGACUGACCCCCACGCAGGUGGGCAACUGGUUCAAAAACCGCCGACAAAGGGACCGGGCGGCUGCAGCUAAGAACAGAUUGCAGCAGCAGGUUCUGGCGCAAGGCUCAGGCCGGGCGCUGCGGGCCGAGAGCGAAGGGACGCCGGAGCUGCUGGGCGUCGCCUCCAGCCCCGCUGCCAGUCUGUCCAGCAAGGCAGCCACGUCGGCCAUCUCCAUCACCUCCAGCGACAGCGAAUGCGACAUCUGAGUCCAACCUGCCCUCCCAGACGCAGAAUCCGGUGUAAAAAUGAGAUAAGCAAGAUGGAAAAAGACAGAAUGGGAGACCAAACAAUCCGGCGCUGGCGAAGUCCGGUGGCCAGGGACCCGCGGGUUGCAACCUCUGCCGCGUUCUGGCCCAGCUCGAGCGACUCCUUCGGCCAGACCGCAGGGGCCCGCGGUGAGGCCGGACCGGGCACCAGGCUCUUCUCGCUUCGCUUUUUUCCUAAGGAUUUUUCAGCAAAGCCGCCUUUGGAAUACGAACUGCAUGCUGAGCGCCAGCCCUGAGUCUCCUGUGGGUAUUUCAUGUCAAAGGACACUGUUAUAUAACUUUUGCUUUAAAUGUUUUUUUUAAAAACAAAGCAUAUAUAUACACAUAUAUACUGUUUACUUAUUUAAGAGACUGACAGGUAGGUUUCUCUGAUACGAUUUGUGUAGAGAAGCCAAACAAUAAAAAGAAAAUUGGAGGACA